AUGUAAAAAUUUAUUUGUUCAUGUCCUGGUAAAGUAUUACUAGCUGGAGGCUAUGCUAUUUUGAAUCCCAAUAAUCAUGGAGUAUCAAUAGCAAUCAAUGCUAGAUUUAGGACUGAGAAAAUUAAAUUAUAGGAAAAAAACUAAAUAAUUUUUAGGAGUGAAUAAUUUUUUCAAGAAAUAAAAUAUUCACUAAAUUAGAUUAGUUAGAGUGAAAACAUCUAUUUUGAUGCCAUUUUCUAAAUUAUAUUUUAGAAUCAACUGACUGCAGAUUCUUGGUUGAUUGAAACUAAGCCAGAUUCAGCCUUUUAUACAUAAAAUUAAAAGAAUAAAAUAACAAAGUUAGGUUUAGGAAGUUCAGCUGGCUUAAUUGUUUCUAGUUUAGGUCAAUUUAUCAAUGAUAAUGAAAUGUUGUACAAAAUAGCUUUAUAAGCUAACAUGAUAGCAUAAGAAAAUAAAGGUUCUGGAUUUGAUAUUUCAACUGCAAUAUAUGGAAGCUAAUUGUUUAGCAAAAAUGAAGUCAAACCUUUAGAUGGACUGGAUAAAAAUUACCAAAUUCUAUUAAUUGAUUUAAAAUAAGGAUAAAGCACUAUCAAAGGAAUAAAUACAAUAUAAAAAUGCUUAUCUGAAAACUAAAAAUACUAUAAUUAUUUUUUAGAAACAAGUGAGAAAUGUGUUAUGGAAUUGUUUUAUCUUCUCUAAGAAUAGAAAUUAGUUAGAGAAAAGUUCUUAAAAUUGAACUAAGAAUACCGUUCUUUACUUAGAGAAUUAAGUUUAUUAGCUAAUUAUGAUAUUGAACCUAAAAUCUCAACCGAGAUUAUCGACUUUUCAAUUGCUUAACCUUCCGUUUUAUGGGGAAUAUGUCCUGGAGCAGGAGGGUAUGAUGCUAUAGCACUUUUAUGUAAGGAUGUCACAGAGAAAGAAAUAAAAGCAAUAAAAGAAUUUUUAUUAACAAAAGGUUAUGAAAAUGCUCUGCAUAUGUAUUAUAUUGAUCAUGGCAUUUAGAGGGAUAUCAUUAAUAUUUGA